AUGGAGGAAUGGGACCUCACUUUGGAGCAGCAGGCGCAGCAGCCAUUCCAUCCCCCUGAUCCAACAACCUUGCUGCGGCCAGUGCCCGUAGCCUUUGACCUGGAGACCUCGGGCUUGGGCAAAAAGGCCUGCAUUACGGAAUUUGGAGCGGUGGGCGCUGGCGGCACCGCAACGUUCCACGAGUAUGUUUGCCUGCCCCCUGGUGUGGUGAUGGACCCAGAGGCUACCAAAACUACGGGCCUGACAGCGGAGUUUCUGGCGGAGAAUGGCAGACCCUUUGAGGAGGCCUACCCCCGCUUCGUCAGUUUCCUGCGGCAACAGCGGCCAGAUGUGAGCCAUCGGGCGGUGGAGGAUUGCAGAAGCAACCUGCUGGUGCUGCAGCACCUAUUGCGCGAUCUGCUCCAGCUGCCAGCAGAUGCGGUCGAAGCAGUGGAGGAGGUGCAGCGGGAACUCGAUGUGGCAGACCCGGUGCUGGAGGCGGAGCUGGAGGUCAGCAGCGACGCCGCGGCCAGGCAAGAGCCCGCCCCGCAGCUGCAGUCUGUGGGCGUCGGCACCCUUGGGCAGCUGUUGGACUGCUAUCCGAGCCGCCUACUCACCUCUGAACCGGGCAGGCUUCCCGAGGAGAGUGAUGAAGACCCUGUAGUCACGCUGGCUGCCCGCUGCAUCAAGGGCCCGAAUGCUUAUGAUGGCAGAGAGUGCCUGCUAGAGGUGUUUGAGUUUAGGAGAGGGUCACCAUGGGCCUUGAAGAAGAGGCAACAGGAGCUUGGGUCGGUUGGGGACGUCGUGGUCCUGUCGGACACCUGGCGCUUGGUCGGAGGCUGGAACGUUCUGAAGCUGGAUGAUUCACACCAGGAGUUCUGCCAGCCUCAGAGCAGCAUGCGGCUGGAGGUGAUGCACCCCAUUAAGGGCGACAUAAUGUCCAAGACCAUGGCCGCACUGGUUGAGAAGGCGCUAAAGUUUGCAGAGGAUGCGGAUGCCAAGGGUGAGCUGCAGGACCCGUUGCCCAGCUGGAUGCGGGAGCAGUACCAGCUGCAGCCGCUGCUUCCCGCAUUGCGAAGCGUGCACCAGCCAAAGAAUGCAGUGCUGCUGGAGGAGGGGCGGCAGCGCCUGGCCUUCCAGGAACUGCUGGCGCUGCAGCUCAAGCUUUUGUUGAUGCGGUCCAUGGCCUGGGCGGGGACGGGGGGCGGAGGAGUCGAGGUUAGUGACAGCAAGCUCUUGCAGUUGGCGCUUGAAGCGUUGCCGUUCGAGAUGACCAACGGGCAGCAAGUGGCGUUGGACAACAUCCUGGGGCAGAUGGAGGGCUGGCCACCUAUGCAGUGCCUGCUGCAGGGCGAAGUUGGGUGCGGAAAGACAAUAGUAGCAUGCCUGGCGCUGCUGGCGGCUGUGGGGUCGGGCUACCAGGGAGCCAUCAUGGCGCCCACCGAGAUCCUGGCAGAACAGCACUACCGCAAUCUACAGGCCCUGGUGCAGGACAUUAACAGGAAGGCGGGCAAGGAUGGCAUCGUGACGGGGUCAGUGCGGGGCAAGCCGCGUGCUCAGGUGGACGAGGGGCUGGCCAGCGGCAACAUCGACAUCGCUGUGGGCACCCAUGCACUUAUCAGUGACAGUACACAUUUCCAGCGUCUGGGGCUGGCCAUCGUGGAUGAGCAGCACAAGUUUGGCGUGGAGCAACGAGGACGGCUGCUGGCUAAGGCUUCCCCCGUGCCGCACGUUCUGCACAUGACCGCCACCCCCAUCCCCCGCACCCAGGCGCUCAUUGACCACGGAAACAUGACACAAGUGCUAAUUCAGCAAUUGCCUGCGGGACGCACCCCUGUACUGACCCGUAUGCUGCAGGAUGACAGCCCGGAGCGGCAGCAGGCGGAGGUGAAGGCAGCUGCGAGUGAACUGGACCGGCUGGUCGAGGAGGGCGUGUUUGCACACCAGGACUGCGGCCUGCUGCACGGCCAGAUGCCGCCAGAUCAGAAGGACGCGGUGCUGCAGCAGUUCAAGCAAGGUGCCAUCAAGGUGCUGGUCAGCACGACUGUGGUGGAGGUGGGCGUGGAUGUGCCGCAGGCAACGGUUAUGGUCAUCGAGCAUGCAGAGCGUUUCGGGUUCGCCCAGCUGCAUCAGCUGAGAGGGCGGGUACUGGUUAACUGCAACAACGGGUUUGCAGUGGCAGAGUGCGACCUAGAGCUGCGGGGCGCGGGUGAGGUGGCCCAGAUCCCGGCGGAUCGUGAGCUGCUGGAGCAGGCCCGGCAGGCCGCCAUUGAUCUGCUGCAGCGGCAGCCUGACCCGCAAGAGUGGCCUGACGAGCUGCGGGCUCAGGUGAUGGACGACAUGCUGCAGCUGGACACCCUCACCAUCCCGAAUCUGUCCUAG